AUGCUGCAGGAUAAGGGCCUGUCGGAGAGCGAGGAGGCCUUCCGGGCCCCGGGCUCGGCUCUCGGCGAGGCCAGCGCUUCCAACGCCGCCAACGCCCCCGAGCCCGCGCUGGCUGCGCCGGGCCUCAGCGGAGCCGCGCUCGGCAGCCCCGGCCCCGGCGCCGACACCGCCGCCGCCGCCGAGCAGACCAUCGAGAACAUCAAGGUGGGCCUGCACGAGAAGGAGCUCUGGAAGAAGUUCCACGAGGCGGGCACCGAGAUGAUCAUCACGAAGGCGGGCAGGAGGAUGUUCCCCAGCUACAAGGUGAAAGUCACAGGCAUGAACCCUAAGACCAAGUACAUCCUGCUGAUUGACAUCGUCCCUGCGGAUGACCACCGCUACAAGUUCUGUGACAACAAAUGGAUGGUGGCAGGGAAGGCGGAGCCCGCCAUGCCAGGAAGGCUCUAUGUCCACCCCGAUUCUCCUGCCACUGGGGCCCACUGGAUGCGGCAGCUGGUCUCCUUCCAGAAGCUGAAGCUUACAAACAACCACCUGGACCCCUUCGGCCAUAUCAUCCUCAACUCCAUGCACAAGUACCAGCCACGGCUGCACAUUGUGAAGGCUGAUGAGAACAAUGCUUUUGGUUCCAAAAACACAGCCUUCUGCACCCAUGUGUUCCCGGAGACUUCCUUCAUCUCCGUGACCUCCUACCAGAAUCACAAGAUCACACAGCUGAAAAUUGAGAACAACCCUUUUGCCAAGGGAUUCCGGGGCAGUGACGACAGUGACCUGCGUGUGGCCCACCUCUCCAGCAAAGAGUAUCCUGUGAUCUCCAAAAGCAUCAUGAGGCAGAGGCUCGUCUCCACCCAGCUCUCAGCCAAGCCCGACGUCAGCCCCCUGCACGGUGCCCACCAGGCGCUCCAGCACUACCAGUAUGAGAACGGGGCUCACAUGCAGUUUGCUGCGGCAGAGUCCCAGGAUCUUCCCCUCAACACCUUCCCGGCCCAGAGGGACUCCAGCCUCUUCUAUCACUGCCUGAAAAGACGAGCAGACAGUGCCCGCCAUCUGGACUUACCCUGCAAGCGAUCCUAUCUGGAAGCGCCCCCUGCGGUGGGAGAGGAUCAUUAUUUCCGUUCUCCCCCUCCCUACGACCAACAGAUGCUGAGCCCCUCCUAUUGCAGUGAGGUGACCCCAAGAGAAGCCUGUAUGUACUCAGGUUCGGGGCCCGAGAUUGCCGGGGUGUCCGGGGUGGACGACUUGCCUCCACCCCCCCUGAGCUGUAACAUGUGGACGUCAGUCUCCCCGUACACAAGCUACAGUGUUCAGACAAUGGAGACUGUGCCUUACCAGUCCUUCCCCACGCACUUCACCACCACCGCUGUGAUGCCUCGGCUGCCCGCUCUCUCGGCUCAGGGCUCCCAGCCGCCGGGAAACACCCACUUCGGCGUCUACAAUCAGCUCUCGCAGUCUCAGGUCCGGGAGCGGGGGCCCACCGCCUCCUUCCCCAGGGAGCGCGGCCUCCCCGCCGUGUGCGAGAGGAAGCCUCCCUCUCCACACCUGAAUGCUGCCAAUGAGUUUCUCUACUCUCAGAGCUUCUCCCUGUCCCGGGAAGCUUCCUUACAGUAUCAUUCAGGGAUGGGAACUGUAGACAACUGGACUGACGGAUGACUCCCCUGUCCGUCGACAGCCCCAGGACCAUGUUAAUCCAGUG